AUGGACGCUGCCGGCCAUGCGCUCUACCAUGCCGUCGAUCUCUAUGCCCGAGCGACAGCGACUGCCACCGAGACGGCGACCUCGACAACGAGCUCGACGUCGACAGCCACCUCCACGUCCACAGCAGACAAAUCCUCGCGACCCGGAUUCUACAAGAUAGUCGGAAUCGUCCUUGCCGUAUGCUCAGGGCUCUUCAUCGGCGUGUCCUUCGUCAUCAAGAAAGUCGGCCUACUCAAGGCCAAUGUUAAGUACAACGAGGAGGCUGGUGAAGGAUAUGGAUACCUCAAGAAUGCAUGGUGGUGGUUGGGCAUGACGCUGAUGAUUAUUGGCGAGAUCUGCAACUUCGUUGCUUAUGCCUUCACUGAUGCCAUCCUCGUCACGCCCCUGGGCGCGCUCGCGGUUGUGGUUACUGCCAUCUUGUCAGCCAUUUUCUUGAAGGAGAGAUUGAGCUUUGUCGGAUGGGUCGCUUGCUUCCUUUGCAUCGUGGGAUCAGUCGUCAUCACACUGAAUGCGCCGCAACAAUCUGCCGUGGCCGACAUUCAAGAGAUGCAACACUAUGUCAUUGCGCCCGGGUUCCUCAGCUAUGCCGGUGUCAUUCUCAUUGGCUGUGCUAUCGUUGCCUGGUACGUCGGCCCACGGUACGGCAAGAAGAGCAUGAUGGUAUACUUGACCAUCUGCUCCUUGAUUGGAGGCUUGAGUGUUGUCGCAACGCAAGGUCUGGGUGCUGCCAUUGUGGCCCAGAUUGGCGGCGAGGCGCAAUUCAACAAGUGGUUUAUGUAUGUUCUAUUGGUUUUCGUGAUUGGAACGCUUUUGACGGAGAUCAUCUACUUGAAUGUGAGUGUUGCAUACAGAUCGACGAUCCACCCAGGCACUGACAACCACCCAGAAAGCACUCAAUCUCUUCAACGCAGCGCUCGUCACGCCGACCUACUACGUAUAUUUCACUGCAUCUACCAUUGUGGCAUCUGCCGUCCUCUUUCGCGGUUUCCAUGGAACAGUAACGGACAUCGUCGAUGUGAUUAUGGGAUUUCUGGUCAUCUGUUCUGGAGUUGUGCUGCUACAGCUGGCCAAGUCAUCCAAGGAUGUGCCCGAUUCGAAGGUUCUCAGCGGAGAGCUUGAUCAAAUACGAACCGUUGCAGAAGUGGCGGAGCCAGAGUACGAACCACGCGCGGAUACCAUUCGAGGCGGAGCUGGUAUUGUGAGGGCGAUGAGCCAAGUGCGACACAUGAGAGAGGCAGACGAGGCGAAACGAAUUCACGAAGAAAGGAUGAAGCCUAUCGGAGAAGAUGAGACGGUAGAAUGGGAUGGCUUGCGACGACGAAAGACCGUAUCUACAGCAAGCGGGGCCGGCUCUCUACGAAGGGCAAAGACAUUGCACCCACCACUCGGCAUGUCAAGUUUCCCGGACCCUGACGACGUGAGCGAGCCCGAUAGUGAGGUACAUCCUGGUUUCUUCGGACGCAUUGGGAGAAGUUUCCGAUCAUCACAUCGAAGACCCAAUAGAGGACACAGUCCAGUGCCCAUGGACUUGGUGACUGCCGAUAAGGUUGAUGAAGAGCCAGAGCAUGUCUACGGCCUGCCCGAAAGCCUUCGAAAACACGAAGACACGCAUUACGACGAUACCGAAUACCGAUCUCCUGGGCCUUCCGGACGCGCACACAUUCAGUGGGCUGGUCAAGAGAGUGAUCGACCAGACUCGCGGGGCAGCAGCCUUGCACCGCCUCGGCCGCCUCCUCACGGAACUUCUUCUAACAAGAGACAGUUUUCUUUCCAGGGUGUCUUCUCGCGGAAUAAAUCUUCUGCCUCGGCAGGUGCAGAUGACGAUCGGCCUACAAGUCGAGGGGCUCUGUCUUUUACCAGCAGAGGUUCCCACCGAGAAUAUCCUACCGGACCUGGAACCACGGAGGAAGAGCGACUAGGAUUGGUCCAUGGCGACUCGCACAAAUCCCUGCCCAAAUUCGAUGAGCAAGAAGAAGAAGAUCGGGAGAGUAGCGAUGAAUGGCAGGUGACCUCUGGCUCUGCGGGCUCGAGUCCCGAACAGCUCGGUGCAAGUGGUGAUCUUGGACAUCGCAGGUCUAGGGAUCCUUAUGUUGACGACGAUGAUGACGAUUUGUACGAUGGGCCUCCGAGGAGUCCCACGGCGAGGAAAGAUAAUGAUCGAUGGGGAGGCAGUGGAGGGACGGAUAGCGGAAAGGGCGGCAGAGCAUUUGUGUAG